GCAGAACGGCACCAUCGAGUCGCCUCUGCAGAGUAUGUCCACUGUAUUUAAGGGCCAAAGGCCAGAGAAAACUUAUUUAGUCGAUGCUUUCUUUGGUCUGUGUGAGCAGAAGAAGAGGCAUUUUCUACUUAGUUCUUGGCAGUUUUGAAAUAAAGCCAAACCAUAAGGAAUCAGUUACAGAGAGAGGGACCCCUGAAACAACAAGGAUAUGAAACUUGGAGUACACAGCCUGACUCACUCUGUCCUCAACUCCAUCACUUUGAUUCAUGCUGGUUUUGGCCUCUCAAAAUGGUGCUGAGCUGAAGUAAGAUGGCGGCAGACAGGAUGGCGACUCCUCAGAGCUCCAGACAGAGCAGCUCGCUUUCUUCAUCCCCAAUGAGUACCCGCAUGCAGUCUCUCCAGGUCGACUCGGUCCAGCGAUGGAUGGAGGACCUCCGCCACAUGACUGAGGUCGAGUGUAUGUGCGUCCUCCAGGCCAAACCCAUCGGGGUGGAGGAGGAUGCCCAACAGGGGGAGCUGAUUGUAGCCGCGGGGGUCGGCGCAGGGGACCACGUGGCCAGGAACAACCUCCAGACGCUCCUCCGCCGAGCGCUGGUGGUCAGCACAGAGCUCGGCAAGAUGUUCCAGCGACUGGAGAAAGGACGUUGGCAGAGGGUCCACAGCACCGCCGUGAGGGCGAACUGCCACGUGCGUUCUCUGGUACAUGAGUACAGUGCUGCCCGAAGCACGCCACCUGAGAUGCAGAAGUAUGAGAAAUCCCUGCUGGAAAAGUGUAUGGAGCUGACCAAUAUUACAGAGAGGUGCCUUCACACAGACGAUGAGUUCUUCCUGAAGUCCAUGAGAGAGGCCAUCCACGAGAUCCUCACGGACGUCAGUGAUUCCUUCAGCAAUAUGAUUGACAUGGCUUUAGCCAAUGAGAUCCGGGUCCUCAUUAAACAGAUUGACUCAUCGGACAACAUUCACACCAUCGGCAGUGCCAUCAGCAACCUGCUGUCCCUCACCCAGGACGGACCUCAGCUCUGCAGCAUCAUUGCCAAGGAAGGAGCUGUGGUGGCCCUGUUUAAGAUCUGCAGGCAGGACCGCUUCAGAGAUCUCUAUGCUCACGCUCUGAGAACUGUGGCCUCCAUCUGCUGCGUGGAGGAGGGCAUCAACCAACUGGACAAGGUGGAUGGGAUCCUGUGCUUGGCAGAUAUCUUGACUGACGAAAGCAGCGUGGAGGCAGCCAGGGCCGAGGCAGCGGCGGUCGUGGCGCAGAUCACCUCACCUCACCACACAUCCACACAGCACCUCGCCAGCUUCCUGGAGAGCAUGCACGACAUUGUCACCGCGCUCAUCAAGUUGUGCGAGACUGCCUCCUGUGGUGAAGUGUUCCUUCUGGCGUCUGCAGCCUUGGCCAACAUCACCUUCUUCGACAGCAUGGCCUGUGAGAUCCUCCUGCAGCUCAACGCCAUCAAGAUCCUGCUGCAGGCCUGCAGAGACCGCCAGAGAGUCGACACUCCUUACUCAAAAGACCAGGUGGUAACAAUCUUGGCAAACCUGUCAGUCUUAGAGCAGUGUGCUUCUGAAGUCCUGCAAGAACAAGGAAUAGAGCGGCUGCUGCUGCUGCUGGGAGAAAAGCCAUCCUCCUCCAGUCCAUCAGAGGGUGCCGCUUGCGAGCGUGUUCAGCAGAAAGCUGCUGUCACACUGGCCCGUCUAAGCAGAGACCCUGACGUGGCCCAAACUGCCAUCCAGCUGAAAGCUGUUCCUCGUCUCAUUGAACUGUGUCGCUCCCCUACUGAGAGAAAUAACAGCGACUCAGUGUUGGUUGCUUGUCUGGCUGCCUUGAGGAGGCUUGCAGCAGGGUGUCCAGACAGCAUCGAGGCUGCCGACCACCAGCAGCUGAUCAAACCGCGGCUGGUCGACUCUUUCCUGCUGUGUUCCAACAUGGAGGAGAGUUUUGUAUGACGCCCUGCACACCGCACACUGAUAGCGAAGGGCUGAAUUUGUGUGCAAGAUCAUGCGUCAUGAUACAGAAAGGACUAAUGAGCACUUACACCCCAAAAUAUUACAUUUGUUUCCUGAUUGUAGCUUUGGUUCGUCACUUCUGGAGCCCUGACAGGUUGUUGUUUCCCAAAUUUCAUCAAGAAAGGAGUGAAUCUGCUAAAAUUGAUGCAAAUGAAACCUAUACGUAUAUGUACAUAGCCGUGUUGCUGUGAGCAACUCGGUAAUCACAUUAAAUGCAAUAAAUGUGCACAGUGUUGUAGAAUGUCAUUAGCUUAUUUUAUUCCACCAGGAAUUCCAUGUCAGUAAAUAUAUGGGUGAUUACUUUGUACAAGUAGGUGCUACUUUUUGAAAAAGAAACACUUUUUAUGCUACCACGGUGCGAUUUAUUUGAUCGCGUCUGAAGAUAUUUUAUCCGAAGCAUUUUGGCUAUCUGAGAAAGGAGGACGAUCCAUCACACAAGUGGACAACACACCAAAAUGGCUUGAUAUGAUCAUCAGAAGCAUUUUGCGUCUGAGUACCAAGAUGUUUGUCUGAUUAGAUUCAUCUCAAGCCUAUUAUUAUUGGUCUGAUGAAAAAGUCCUUCCUUUUCUGACGUUUUCAAUCAGCAGCCUUUAUUGGGAUAACCAUUUUUACAGCUAAAUUAUUACAGUGAGAUUAACCAGCAGAUGUGUUAUGUUUGUUUGUUAUGUGAGUACAUUGACAGGGCAUGAUUAGUAUUUAAAAUGUUUGAUUGAUUGAUUCAUAUGGUCUUGAAUUUGAUUAUAGAAAUGCUUUUUUAUUUAAGGAGAAUUACCAUUAUUGUAUGCCAUGCAUGGAAUAAAGGCAAUCAUCU